CGGUUCUCAUAGAAACGGACGUGAAUCCACGAGGAAAGAGAAUAAGUAGGUUUAUGUUCGUGAUCAUGGUGAUUAUUCGAAGGUUGACCUUUGCUGAAGGAAAGCUCACUGAACAGUGACAAAUUAAAAUUAAGAAAAAUAGGACAAGUUCUUAUGCUUUAGAAGCUGCAACGGUACAAGAACCGUCCACUGGCCUCUCUGGAAAGCACCAAGCAGACAGACGGACAACAGAAUCGUAGUCUUCUAGGAUGGUGUCGGCUAUCACGAGAGUUUUAUGCUGAAUAGAACCUAUCAGACUAUCAAUAGACUCAUGAAUAUGACUAUGUUGGUGCCCUGUUAACUCUUAGUUCAUGAAACGUAACAGAGCUGAAAAUCGGCAAAUUUAAACAUGUGCAACAAACAAGUACAAAGAGACCCUUUGAGAUACUUUAUAUUUCUCGGCAUCUUCAUCUGUUUACAACAAGUACAUGAAGCAACAGACCGCUUAAGUUCUCGAGUUGUGAUGACGAAGUAUGGGUCACUAAGAGGAAUCAUCCGGGACCUAGCUAACAAGGACCUUCGCCCGGUUGAAGUGUUUUACGGUGUGCCCUACGCUAGCGCCCCCAUUGGCUCCUUGAGAUUCAUGCCACCCGUUACCCCACCACACUGGCGUAAAAUAAGGAUUGCCUCCAGAUUCGGCCCUGUCUGUCCACAAAAAUUUCCGGACAUUCAAAAUCAAACAGAAGCACUGAAAAGGAUGCCCCCUGGGAGGCUAACUUACUUGCGACAAAUUCUUCCGUUCCUGGACAAACAGAGUGAAGACUGUCUUUACUUAAAUAUUUACGCACCAGCUAUACUUCUUCACCAAAGCGCGAAGGUUCCAGUGAUUGUUUUCAUUCAAGGGGAAUCUUACGAAUGGAAUUCUGGGAAUCCAUAUGAUGGUAGUGUCAUUGCAAGUAUGGCAAAUGUAAUCGUCAUAACUUUGAACUUUCGUCUUGGAGUUUUAGGAUUUUUACCAGCACUAGAGGGAGCUUCUCGCGGUAACUACGGUCUCAUGGAUCAAGUUGCAGCUCUCCACUGGAUACAAGAAAACAUCGUAGAAUUUGGUGGAGAUAUUAACAAUGUUACAAUCAUGGGACACGGGCAUGGUGCAGCAUUUGUGAAUUUGUUAAUGGUAUCACCAAUGGCAAGAGGACUAUUCCAUCGCAGCAUCAUGCAAAGCGGAUCUGCACUCAGCCCCUGGGCAAUAGCCCGACAGGCUCCAGAGUUUACUCGUCAGCUAGCUAACAAGCUAAGUUGCCCGACAGUCAGCAAUGUUGUUAUGGUUGAUUGCCUGAGAAAUCGACCUACGGAAAGCAUAUUAAACGUAGAGUUAAUUGUAGCGGACUAUCUGCCAUCCUUCGGACCAGUUGUUGACGGAAUUGUGAUACCUAAUGAGCCUGAGAUACUGAUGAGAGACUACAAUAACCUGUACAACCAAUAUGAUCUUCUGCUUGGUGUCUCUAGAAUGGAAUUUUACUUCAAGUUUUCAGCGAAUGAAGAACGUUAUGGUAUAGAAGAAGGUCGUCGAACUAAGCUGUUUCAGACAUUAGUAACAAACGUAUAUACAUAUCAUUUGCAAGAAAUAUUUUAUGUAAUAGAAAAUGAAUAUACGGACUGGGAGAGAGCUAAUCAACACCCCAUCAAUACUCUGGAGAAUACCGCUGAUGCUAUGGGCGAUGGCCUUGUUGUUGGCCCUUUGCUUAAAGCAACUGAAUACAGAGCAAAAGGAAGCAAGAAAACGUUUCUAUUUGUAUUUGGUCAUCAAACAGAAGAGUCGGAAUUCCCUAAGCGAUUUGGUUGUAUUCAUGGGGAAGAUCUUCCCUAUGUUUUCGGUGCUCCUUUAGUUGGAAAUCUUGCACAUUUCCAGCAAAACUUUUCCCGUUCAGAGGUGUCGUUAGCAGAAACCGUCCUGACGUAUUGGACCAGUUUUGCGAAAAGGGGUGAUCCUAAUGCUCUGCACUUCGAAGACGAAGUUGUUGACAGAGUUAGCGGUCGAUUCGAACGAGUUGAGUGGCCAGCCUUUGACAACGUUCUUCAGAAAUACAUAAGUCUAGGAGCCAAACCAAAAAUUCGUGACCAUUAUCGUGCACAUCAGCUCUCUUUCUGGAACAACUUAAUCCCCAAAAUACACAGAAGCGGCACAGGAGUAUACCCUCACCACAGUUUCCUUGGUAACCCACAUAGUCAAGAUGGAGUUCUGUCUUCUGACCUACUACCUACAACAGCUGAUGAUAAUAUAUAUUCUACCGAAGUUUCCAGCAUUCCAACCACUUUAAACCAUUUUGGAACAUCAAGUGGGCCAUCAAGUACUCCACUUGCUGAAACCACUCCAGGAGUUCUUCUAAACCACUCCACUGGCACAACUCAGCCAUCUGAACAAAGUACUUACUCUACAGCGCUCAGUGUCACUAUUGCAGUUGGCUGUUCCCUGCUUAUUCUGAAUGUCUUGAUUUUUACUGGAAUGUUUUAUCAAAAAGAUAAAAACAAACUUGAAGCUAAGCUUCAAAAGAACAAUCACAAGAUGAAGGUGGCACAAGAAAAUGACAACAUCGCAGGAAUUCAGCGUAAACAAGUAUCUCGGGUCCCUCCUCUUUCCCCUUCUAGCCAGGAACUCCCCCCACCUCCUCCUGCUCCAUCACCCACACCUCCAAAGGCACCGCCUAAAUCCGUUUACAGUCCUCAAGAAGAAAAACCGAUGCCCGAAGCUCAACCUCUGUUACAUCACGGCUGCCAAAGGGUGGCGCCUCCUGCUAGAGCCAGUACAGAGGAAAUGAGAGUGUAAAAUGUGUUGAUAAGCUAUUAGAUGUUAGGAACUUUUGUGGUUAAGACAUGUAAGCUAAUUUGUCGUGACUGAGUUUUAGAGACUAAUUUUUACUGGUUUCACAAGCGCAUUAAUUCAAGGCCCUUAAUUUGACCUUGUUUUAUGAAAUUCUUUCUGUAUUCUGAAUAUAAUGACAAUGAUGAAUAUCAAUAGUUUCUUUUUGAAUUGAUUUAAAUCAUUAGGUAGACUGGAUAUUUUAUUUCAUUAUUGAAUAAGCAACAUGUAAAAGGUUUUUCAAUAAAUCAAAUAUUGUUUGCCUUGACAGCUUUUUUUAUCAUGAAAAUUGACAUGUAUAUGCAGUUAUUAAACCAUUUUUAUUAUUGAAUCCAUGUUCCACAGAACUCUGCUCAUGUCAUCAUUUUAGGUAGGCUAAUCCCGCACCUGAAUUUCUUG